AUGCGGCUAUUCUUCAUUUGGCUGCAACUAAUUUACCUAGCAGCGGGUCAGAAAACCGCCUGUUAUCCAGAAGACCUGGACUAUUCGGAUGGAACCUUUGCCAUUCUCGACGAGAGCAACAAUGAGUGGACGGGAAUGGUCAGUGUUCCGAGAAAAGCGAAAGAGCUUUUUUUGUUCUUUGAUCGAGAAAUGGAUCACGCAGAGAUCACUGCUCUCGGAGGAAGCAUCAAGUAUAGAAGUGGAACUUUGGUGGUCAUCGAGCCUUUUGAAAUGGACCAAGCUCAGGUCAUGUUUGAAGUAGAAGGCUCAAACAUCGCUGGAGUAAUCGUAGCGAGCUCUGCUGCUGGCUCAGAUCUCGCUUGUUUCGAAGAAAAAGAAGAAGGAUGCCCGACUGUUCAUUACGAAAACGGGCAGUACAGUGUCAACAGUGAUGGCUUUGCAGUGCAGUUUCCCGAAAAUGCCGAAGAAGUUUUCAUCACUUUUGACGAAUCGAUCGAUGGAUUGAUCUUUUCUACCGACGAUGCUGACUCGUUUGAGCUGGUUGGUGAUUACGUUCUGGCCGUUAGUGGUCUUUCCGGUUCUCCGCUGACCUUUCAAGCUGAUUGGGACUCGCCUAUGGGGGCAGUAGUCAGCUAUCUCACACGGGCGAGGGAAGAUUCCUGCGACUAUCCAUUUUUCACAACUUAUUCCACUACAACUACCACUGCUGCUAUGACAACAACAACGACAACAUCAACCACGACGACAACUACAACGACAACAACUGAGCCGGGAGUCGACGCUAACGGCUGCCCAUCAAUUCAAUACCGAGACUCACAAUUUUCCCUCGACGCAAAUUCUGGCUCAUUCAGCGUCCAAGUCCCAGUUAAUGCGGUUGAAAUCUUCAUCACAUUCGACAAGCCUGUUAGCGAUGUUGCUUUCUCUUCAGAUUUCUCCUUCAUUUUAAUCGGCGACUUCGUCCUUUCCGUUGAAACAGAUGGCUUCACAACACUCGAAUUUGAUGCUACUUGGGGAGAAUGGGGACCGACCGGAGCAGUUGUUAGUUUUAUCAGCUCGACUCGCCCUGGUCACUGCCAAUACCCGUUUUUCGAUCGAGAAGUUCUCACAACAACAACCUCUUCUACAACGACUACGACAACGACCACAUUUUCGGAGCCAGUAACCACCAUCGAUGAAUGCCCAGUUUUAUUUUACAACGAUGUAGAAGUCAAAAUGCUUCCUGAUGGAGUUUUUAUUGCCGCCCCAUCAUCUGCCGUCGACCUAAUUCUAACUUUCGACGACGAAAUCAAUGAACUGACAUUCUCAACGGACUUGGAUUUUGUUUCCGUGAGUGAUCGAGUGCUCCAUCUUAAAAAUAUCGAAGAUGGAGGGACGAAAUUGACCGUUAAUUGGGGCGAAGAAGUCGUCUUUCCAGUCGCGUCUUUUGCCAAAAGAUCGAUUCCAGAAGAUUGUGAAAUCUUUUCGCCACCAAAAAUAACCACAACAACAACAACGAGUACCCAAACAACGACAACAACUGAUUCUGGCGUCGAUUCCGCCGGCUGUCCGAUCAUCAACUACGACAACUCGCGCUUUGCCAUCAUCGAAAACGGCUUCGCCGUCCAAGUUCCCUCCACCGCGGUCGAAGUCUUCGUCGCUUUCGACAAGCCCAUCACAAGUGUUCAACUUUCUUCGAGUUACGAAUUUACUCAAGUCGGCGAAUUUGUUAUUGCAAUUACUGUGCCGGAAAGUAGCGGCACGACGAUUUCUUUUGAUGCAAACUGGGAUGGCGAUGGAACGAUUGGAGGAAUCGUCAGCUAUUUGACCAUUCCAAGAGAUGAUUCUUGCCGAUACCCGUUUUUCGAUAUCGAGGUGGAGACUACAACCACGUCUACAACCAUAACAACUACAUCACCAACAACAACUACGACUACUACUUCAACAACGACAAGUACUACAACAACAUCAACAACUUCCGCGACAACAACAACAACCACGGCAACCACCACGACAACUACAACGACAACCACGACCACAACGACCACCACAACAACAUCAAGCAUGGUCUUCGAAGGCUGCCACCACGUACACAACAUCCAUUCCGUCUCUGGCUCGGUCCACCUGUCCGAGUGGCCCUCAAACACCGGCAAAUUCAAGUUCCACCGAGACGUCCUGCUUCCUAAAAACUCGCCACCAGCUGGCUGGUAUCUCCAUUUCUUCUUUUCAAAGGGAGUCAGUGGAAUGAAAAUUUGGGAUUUCAACGCCGAGAAGGUUCGAAAAACAAAAUCGAAGGAAUGGAAACUCUUUCCAAAGGACACCUCGGUUUUGGACGGAAAUUCUAGCGACGAUCCUUAUGCCUUUAACUUCAUUGGAACUUCGAAAAUCAGCCACGGAAUCGACCUGACCAUUCUCAUCUGCUACACCUAA